AAUAAGUUGGACAUAAAGAUCGUGUCGAGUGUAACGUCUCACCUGUUUUUAAUCAUGGACAAAGACCAACAGUAUUCCCCUAGUCAGCAUUCCCAUAGGAUGACAGCAGGAGAAGUCAUUGAUGCUCAUGUCAGUCAUCUCACCACAGAAAGUCAGAAAGCAAGGGAGACAAUCGAGUUUGAAGAAGUGUCGUAUGGUGACAGAAGUGGGCAGAAACUUCAGAUAUUUGGAGCCAAAACAUUACCUAGUGAUGCCCCCAUUUUGGUUUACAUACACGGUGGAUACUGGCAGGAGCUAAGUAUGGAACUCUCCAGUUUCAUGGUGACUCCACUCUUCAAAGCAGGCUGCAUUGUGAUACCCAUUGGUUAUGAUCUGGCUCCCACAGUUAGCAUGACAGAGAUUGUGAGUCAGGUGAAGAAGGCUGUGGGGUAUGUAUUACACAUGGCCAAGAGGAGAGAAUCCAGGGGUGUCUACCUGUGUGGUCACUCAGCAGGAGGUCACCUGGCUGCCAUGAUGCUCGCAGUUAACUGGAUUGAGGAGAUAAUGGUCAGCUCCAGCCUAAUUAAAGGUGCAAUGUUGGUGAGUGGUAUAUAUGAUGUGAGACCACUGGUGGAGACAUACAUCAACAAGCCUCUGCAGAUGACCCAGUGA